CGUCUAUACCGCCGGUCACUCAAGCUGGCCCUUGACUGGUCCGUCCACCGAUACCUCUGGCGCGGCCAGGCCAUGUACAUCCGCUCCCUCUUCGAAGCCAACGCCAACGUCCGCGAGCCCAGACAACAGAGAAUCCUUUUUGACCAGACCGAAGAACUCCUCAAGCAGUGGAAGCACCCCGACCCAUACCGCCCUCCCACCGCUCCUGGUGGCAGCAAGUACGAGCGUAACUUGGUCUGCCCCAUCCUUGAUCCUCCCCCGCCAGGCUGCUAA